CUUCAAAAACCCACCACCCAAAACAAAUUCGAAAAUCUCAUUCGUGUCUUAAAUUAAAACUCUACACAAACUCAAACUGCAGAAUCCCAUAAUUUUCUUUUCCUUUCUCCUCUGUGUUUUCUUUUUUCUCAAUUUUCAGUCAGCCCACCUUUUUUCUUGUGCGUUGAAGUUGAUGAUGAGAAAGAUCAAGACUUCUUUGCAAACUGCAAACUUAGCUCAGGGAUAAAAAGGCAAGCUGCUGCAGGCUCUCUCUUGGUCUUCAUUUUUAAAGGGUUGGUUGGUGGUGAGCUGAGGUUGUGGAUUGGAAGCCGUAGGCCAUGGCUACCUUUGCAGGCACCACACAAAAGUGCACGGCUUGCGAAAAGACGGUGUACUUGGUCGAUAGGUUGGCCGCCGAUUCCAGAGUUUACCACAAGGCUUGCUUCCGAUGCCACCACUGCACGGGUACCCUCAAGCUGAGCAACUACUGUUCAUUUGAGGGGGUCCUAUACUGCAGGCCUCACUAUGAUCAACUCUUCAAGCGAACUGGCAGCCUGGACAAGAGUUUUGAAGGGACACCGAAAAUCUUGAAGCCGGAGAAAUCUUCUACUGAUAAAGAGAAUGGCAACUCAGUCUCAAACUUGUUUGCUGGUACCAGAGAAAAAUGUGUGGGCUGUCAGAAGACCGUUUAUCCAAUUGAGAAGGUUUCGGUCAAUGGGACCCCAUACCACAGGAGCUGCUUCAAAUGCACACAUGGAGGUUGCACCAUAAGCCCAUCUAAUUAUAUUGCACAUGAAGGCAAGCUUUACUGCAAACACCACCACAUCCAACUCUUUAAGGAAAAAGGAAAUUACAGCCAGCUUGAGAAUGAAGGCGAAAAGCAUUCCAUGACUAUGGAGAUUGCUGCUGAAUCAUAAUCCACUUGAAAAAAGAAAAACUCCCAUGCUUUCUUGCUCUUUAUGCGAUUUCCACCAUUUCUGUAAUAGAUGUGUCUUAUUUUGUUUCUGGCUCUCGUGAUAUGUCGGUGCUCCAAUGUAUCAUGAGAUUUUAUUGUACUCUGAUAUGAAUGGUUUGUUCUGCGGCUUGUUCCUGCAUCUGCUUAAUGUACUAAGGUUUUUCUGCAGCAUUUUGAAGAUUUUCAGUUUCUUCUACUUUUCCCUGUGUUGGGUCACAUUUCUGAAAAGUUUUAAGUCCCUAGUGAUGUUUAUUCA